UUAUCAAAAUCCGUUAAAUAUAUGCAACUUGAAGGUUCCAUUUUAAUAACUUCCAAUGGGAUUAAAAAACUUAAUCACUUAAUAUGGUCUCUGUUUAAACAAAGUUUUCAAGAAUCACUCUUCACGAUAAUCAUAAAAUCAUUUUAAUAUAAGGAAAAUAGUCAUAGAGCAAAAUAUCAAGCUAUGAUGAAUAAGACGCUAAUUAAUUCAACAUCUGGAAAAUCAGAUACAGAUUUAACUUUAUACAGCGAAAAUAACAUUGAAAUUUACAGUACACUUUUUGUACAGACAACAGUAUGCAUCAUUGGAGCGAUAUUGAAUAUUUUAAAUGUGAUUGUAUUGAGUCGUAGACAAUUUGAAGCUACACCAUAUUUAUUUAUGACUGCAUUGUCAUUAACAGAUACUGGAAUAUUACUUGUCCACUUACCAUCUGGUAUGGUGAGGUGUGGGCAACACUUUCAAAUCUGUCAAAGUGAAGGAUAUAAACAAUUUAGGGUGAUACUUUUAUAUUACACAACUUAUAUUGGAUUUGGAUUAGGCAACAUACUUGAAGCUUCAUCUGUAUGGAUAACUGUACUGAUUUCAGCUGAACGCUAUAUCAUAAUGAAAUGGCAACAUUUGGGGAAGUUAUUUUUCACGCGUAGACAAGGUAAAUGGCAAAUACUUUUCACAGUCUGUCUAGCAGUAAUCUUCAACUCUCCUUUCUUUUUCACACUAACAAUAAAUUAUUCGGUUAAACCAGGACCAAAUAAUACAACAAAACGCUUUCAUUACGGUAAGCUUACAUGGUUUGGUGAAUCACAAUAUUAUCUCAUAUUCACAUGGUUACGGUUUAUCUUUGUUCAAUGCAUUCCACUGAUAACCUUAUGCAUAGCAAAUGUUAUGCUGUUACGUUUAACCUGGUCAAGUUAUCAUAAUCAAAUGAGACAUCAACUUAGACAACAGAGUUAUAUGAAACAUUCUUCCCAGACAGUACUUGCAGCUAUAAAACCUCAAGUGGUCAAUACUGAUGGAUCUGUUAAACAAUCAAAAGUAGUUUCACAAGUUAUGCCUGAUCCACAAACAUUACUUUCAGUAGAUGAUGAAAAAGAAGGCUGUAAUACUCAAGAGGAACUGGAGAAAUUUGAUAACCGCCUGCAGACAAAUAACAAUAAUACUGAAGACAAUUGUUAUAACAAGCAAAAAGAUAUUACUGAUAAUAAUAAUAAUAAUAGCAAUUCUGUAGCAAUAAAGCGUACCUCAUUGGCAAGUCGACGACUGGAACGUUCACAACAAGCCAAUAACAAGUUGUCAAUUUUAUUAAUGACUGUGAUAUUUCUAUUUAUAAUUGGUCAAAUUCCUCAAGCUCUAGCCUACGUUCAUAUCUUAAAUUUAAUUGUACCAAGAUCAUGCGUGAAUUGUAGGACAUUCUCAUCGUUGUAUAAACACUUUAGCCAAUUGUUAUGCCUAAUUACAUCAACCACCAAUUUUUUUCUCUAUGUGACUUUAAACAGAAAUUUCCGUGAAUGUUUAAAAGGACUGUGUCGGACAAGAUGCAAGUCAUAACUUUUACAUAUAUGAAGAUAAAUUAUGAAAAAAAUAUUUGUUGAACAACUGCUUACUUCUGUUACACUUCAUUGAUGCAAUUAAGUGUAUUGGAGGAUUAACAUCAUACCUGUUUCUAUUCAGUAAUAUUCUUUCUUUUUGUUUAUAAAGAGAACACAUACUGUAUCAUGGCAUUUCAUCUGAUAAAGAUUUUAUUUCUUAUGAAUUAUUUGUAGUGUUUGUUUAAAAAUAAACCGCGUAUUACCGAUUAUUAAAUUAUAUUGACCAUUUAACCCUCUACAUCAUUGUUGCUCAUGGAUUCAAUAAGCACCGCUAUUUAUGAUUGUUUAACUGUUUUCUACUUCUGUAUGUACAAAUUUUGUUUGUCUCAUGUGAGUUACUUAAAUGUUGAGGACAUAUUAGGUUGCAGAAAGUCAUUUGAAGUAUUCGAUAUAACUAAAAUAAAUAAGAAAAGCUAUCCGACAUUGUAUAUUUAGUUUCUUGUCAAUUGUGCUGUUAAAAUGUCUAGGAAUAGCACUUUUUAAAAAGCAGUUGAUCUUUGAAUUGUAGAGUUGUAGGUGGAUUUUAUCAUCAACUGAUAUCAUUUCGUCAACCGUCAGAAACCAGUGAGUAAUGAGUAGCUACUUCAUCCCACUUAGACAAGCAUCACCAGUUUUCUCCGACGAUGUUAAUAGGCAUUGCACCCAAGACUCUUGUUUUACGAAAAGAGAUCGUUCGCCAUUCAGCCAAUGGUCUGAAAUUCAAUGACCUGUCAGUUUUCAUCAUAGCAACACAACCACAUAGUGUGAUGAGUGAGUAAUUGUCAUUACAUUCUUUUUAAUGAAUCUUAUCGAUUGCUGUUUCCAAUUAAAACUUCAGAAUGUCCAUUCAAAAGUCAAUGUUUGAUGAAGAGUGAAUUCAAGUUCAAUUGUUGACUAAUUUGAAAAUAAAUAUCCUAGUGAAUCGAUGUAGUGGCAUUUGUAGACUUCAUAUUUUUCCAGUGCUGCAUAGUUUUCAGUGGUAUUCUCAUUGAUUUCGGUUCGCUACUACCUUAAAAGUCGAAUUACUCAGUUGCAUUAAAUACUAGUUUUAACAGGAUGACAAUCUGUUGUUACAGCACAGUAUGAUAUUUUCAUUUUAUUCUAUAAUGAAGUCUUAUACGGUUAUACAGCUUGUAAGUCUUCUCUACAUGACGUUUCAGGUGUGAAAUUAUAUCUUUUUUUAUUCAAUACUAACUAGGUUGACUCGAGAAAAGUAAUUAUUUUUCCACAUUACCAGGAAACACUGGGAUCAAAAUCAUUUCAGGAAUAAUCUAUCUUUUUUUCCUUACCUCACUGUCUUUCUGUUUACGACGUUUUGUAUUAAGACACAGACCACAGCAUAAAUUCAAGUCAUUCUUAUUUCUCUGAAAGCAAACACAUUGUGAGAUUACAUUACAUAUAGGACUAGAAACUGAGCGUUGGUCAAGUCAGUAACAGUGGUAAUGAAGUGUAGAAAUAAGAUCGGAUG